CACGCCAAUUUCGACAGCACCGUCGCAUUCCAAACUUGGACCUGCUGUGUCAUCGGCAUCACCACUCUCGCAACAUUCGACAAUAACAACGUCGACAGUGCCACUCUGCUUCCGGCGCCUCUCACAGCCUCCCCGACAACCACUUCGGCAUACAGCCACCAGACGCUGUCUAAUAACUUUGACCAUACUCCGUCUCACUCCCAGAGUCUCGGCCGCGAUAAUGUGCCUGCCCAGCCAGGUGCAACGCUCCAGGCUUCGCAGACGUCUCCACCAGCAGCGGUCGCUGGCGCAUCGAAGGCAGCGCAGGUAGCUACACCCACUUCGCAGUCCAACCAUCGGGGGAAUAAUCUGUAUGCCUGCCGAGAUUGCGGCAGGUCGUACUCCAGGCCCGAGCAUCUGGUCCGCCAUGUGCAGACGCACACCCUAGGUCGUCGAUUUGUCUGCGACAUUUGCCAAAAGUCGUUUGCGCGCAAGGACCUGCUGCGGCGACAUGUUGCGAACCAUGACAACGACUCUCCCAAAAAGCGCCGGCGCACGACCACAUCGCCAGGCGCAGGGCGAGUGUCGCAUGCGUGUCGGUCCUGCGCUGUUGCAAGAGUGAAGUGUGACGACACCAAGCCGUGCAAGCGCUGUGUUAGUAGAAACCUCAAUUGCGUCUCCACCGAGACUCCUUCGACGGCAGCCAUGCACCUCAUGCACUUAUCAGCCAAUGCGCAUUCUGGUGCCCCCAACCCAAAUAACAGUGGAAAUCUGAAUAAUGAUGGUGAUAAGUCGGUCGCGGCCACCCACUCUUCCCAUUCGGCGACGUCGACCAGGGAUUCUAAUUCCCCGGCGCCCUUUACCACCAGUUCCCACCAACCCCGCUCCGUCACUCUGCCUGCGCCUCACUCGAUUGUGCUUGAUGCAGCCCAAGACCGGAGCAAUGUGAAUCUACCUCAUUCACUGGCAAAACUGCCCUUCCAAGAGCCAAGGAGCUCCGAGUUCUUGCUGCCGCCAAUUGAGCUUGAGCCCUCCGCCAGUGCAAUGGACCCCAAUCGCCUCCCAUAUGCCGAUUUCCUGCGCGAUAUUCUUCUCGAUGGCUCAGCAGACUCUGGCCGUGGAUCCCACAUUCAGGGCCUAACCGUGCUUGAUUUUUGUGAUCAUGAGAAUUUAGAGCUCACCGUCGAGGACUUGGCAAACUUGGAAGAUGCCCUAUACAGUCGCCAAGCUCUUGCGAGAGCAUGGGGGAACCCACCGAGGACUUGGGAAGCGAGUAGCCAGGAUACCGCAUAUGGUCGCGAAGAGUCGUUCGAGCGAACUGUUCCGGAAACUCUCGUACAAUCUGGUCGGGACCGGGUUCUUGCGAUCCUACUCAAUGCGAGCCGCCAAAACCCAAGCCUGAAUCGGAUCGUUGGAUCCUUUCCUUCUCUUGAGGUCAUGGACUUCCUGGUUCAACAGUUCUUGGCCUCGAUGGCACGCCAGCCAUACGAUUGGAUCCAUUUCCCUACUCUGAGGCCCGCGUCUCAAUUGCCUGAGUGGAUAGCUAUUGCUGCAGCAGCAGGGGCCGUAUCCUCGCCCAUACUAUGCCUCCGGAAAUUCGGCUUUGUUCUCCAAGAAGCAGUUCGAACCUCCAUUACGACUCAGGUGAGCCUACUCCCCACUGCUGAAUCAAAACAGCAUCCCACAGCGUUUGUCCUCGUGAAGUGUGCUAAUAAAAACAAAAAGCUGGAAGAGAAUAACCUGGCAAUCCAGGAUAUGGCCCUUCUUCAGUCAUUGAUCAUGGUGCAGGACGUCGGUCUCUGGAGCGGGAACAGACGCAAGAUGGACAUUGCAGAGUGCUAUCUGGCGACCCCUGUUCAGAUGAUGCGGCACCGGCGAAAAUUCCAGGGCUCUCAUUACCCCUCAAUGUUGGCCGACGCCGCAGACGAAGGUGCUGUUCUAGAAGAUAAAUGGCGAAGAUGGGUCGACAGAGAGAAAUGGAAACGAUUGGUGUUUCAUUGCUUCGUUAGGGAUGCACAGUGUUCCAUGGCGACGCUCACAAACCCGACAAUAUCCUAUGCUGAACUCACAUUGCCUCUACCCGAAUCUGGAGAACUCUGGGCUGCGACUACAGCGCUGGAGUGGAAGGCGGCCUGCCUUCAAACCCAUACCGAUCGGAAUGUCAAGGCACCAACCGUUGGUGACGUUAUCCAAGACUGCCAGCUCCUGCGUUCGGCAUAUCGACAACUGGACGUGCCCUUUUCACUGUCGAUAUUCAUGCAUGCCUUCUGGGCGCUUAUCCUUGAACAUCGUCAGUUGAGCGCCAUCCAUCGAUCCAGGUCCAACUUGGGCGGGAGCUCAAUGAGCGGAAACCAAAACCUGCUGCUGAGCUCUAGACACCAAGAACUGGUGAAAGAUCUACAGACUUUCCAAAUGGUAUCUGCGGAGUGGCUCGAGAUGACCUGCCAAGACCACAUGGUGCUCAAUCUGUUGUUGAUGAACCUCCAUGCUUCUCUAGAUGACAUUCAGCUGUUCACAGGGAAGGAUGGCGAGGAGGAGGCGCGACGCAUCUACCCAGUUCUUCAGCAAUGGAGCACAACCUCGGAGGCCCGGUCUAGCAUUUGGUAUGCAGGUCAAGUCAUUCGGUAUGCGAGGUUGUUUGCUCCAGGACAGCUCAAAGACUUUUAUGCCGUGGCGGUCCAACACGCGGCAGUCGUACUGUGGGCAUAUGGGGUGAUGACGAGAGCGGGUCGAAGACAGCGAUCACUUUCACCCCAUCAUUCCCAGGAGCUGCUCUGCCUAGAUGAGGGGGACAGCGCGGCCAUUCAAAAUUUCAUUGGUAUUGGUAGUGGACGGCCGGUGAUUCGCAACCUCAAGGGGAGUGCUGUCGUGUCAGAGUCGCUCGUCGACGAGCCGUGGGGAUGCAUGGGCAUCGUUCAAGAGGUGUUGCGGUCCAACUUCCAGUAUAAUGAUGCGAUACCCACAGUGGUGGAGAAUCUCUGUCAGCUGUUGAAGCAGGUGGGAGAUGCAUCCUGGGCAGGAGGACAGUCUAUCUAA